UGGACGCAUGAACUAGCUGCUAAUUAAUGAUUAUAAAUGCAGCCUACAAUUUAUCAUCUCCUCGCACACGACGAAGAUGGUUUUGGGGACCAUUUUUGAUGAGUAUGUGUCUCCAGUAGAAGUAGAUAGGUUAUGGAAGGCAAUCAUUUGUGAUGCUCAUCACCUCAUGCCUAAGCUUCUGCCUGGAAUCAUUUCGAGCAUCGACAUCCUUGAAGGAGAUGGUGGGGUUGGCACCAUCAAGAAAUUCAAUUUCACUAAUGCUGUUAAAGAAUGUAGCUACGUUAAGGAUCGUGUGGAAGUGAUGGACGAGGAGAAUCGUAUAUUCACGUACUCUAUUGUGGAAGGAGGUAUUCUUGGUUUGAAGGUGAAGUCUUAUAUAGCUGAGGUUAGUUUCACAUCAACUAAUGAGGGAGGUUGCUUGGCCAAGCUGAAAAUACAGUAUGAAUCAAUGAGCCAUCGGAAUGACUUGCUAUCUGAAGAAGAUAUCAAAAACAUAAAGAAAGGCUUCUUGGCAAUGGUGAAGGUUGUAGAUGCGUUCUUGUUGGCAAAUCCUAGCUCUUAUGUAUGAUAAAAAUACGUAUAAUAGGCAGUCGAAUAUCUAUAUCGUAGCACGGAAAGUGUUUCCUUUUAAAAAAUAUUUGCUUCACAGCGAAAAUAAAUUAAGGGUUUAGUUCGGUUUCUUUUCAA